AUGCGGUCCCCGGCGGCCGACGCCAUGUCGGAGCUCCGGCCGGCGAGUCCUGUGGCUUCCUUGUCUCCGCUAUUCCCGCCGUUCGCCCUUGGGAUUUUUAUAGCGUCCGUCGCCGGCGCCGCAGCCCUCGUCAACUGCGCACUCGUUGCCGUCCUGAUCAAAAGGAUAAAAAACGGUGUGUGUUCUCUUAUCGCCCAACUAGCAGUAGCAGACUUGAUGGUGCUUUUUACAACUGUCGGAUUCGAAUUAUGGACAACCAACGAGCAAACGUGGGUCUUUGGCAGAGGAACCUGCAUAGCCUACAGGGGCCUAAGCGUAUUCGCUACUACGGCUUCAAUAUAUUUAGUUGCUACGAUAGCCUUCCACACAUUAGCCACCAUUAAUCUUGAAAAAAAUCUGGUAACAAGGAGGAUACGGAACACAAUCGUGAGCGAAGACGAACUGAGGUCCUCCCGUCACAGCCUCGUGACGAAGAGUGACUCUUCCACUCCGCCGCGCACAAUGAACGUGCAUUAUCGCUUUUCGGAUAAAGUCCCCAUUACUCCCCCGUCUCUUUUUAUAUGGUUCCUUAGCGCGUCCCUGAGUAUACCCGAAUUCGCCAUGGCAACGACUGUGCGAAAAGACCAUAAUGCAACUCUAUGUACUUUAACAGAUUCCAGUCAUAAGCUAAGCAUACGUUUAAUGCUAGCAUUGUUCAAUUUCGUUUUACCGACGUUAAUUAUGACUGCAGCGGGGGUUCUAGUAGCAUAUACAAUAAGAUCAAAAAGCCUUCGCAAUAUUGAUUUCGAAGAAUCCUUGUCUGCCUUAAGAUUAUCGAUAUCGUUCAUAAUUGUAUAUUUCAUAAUGUGCUCACCCAGCUCACUUCUGUAUGUCUAUAGAAUUUACACGACAUACAAAAUCGAUGGUGAAAAAAAUGACUUGAACGAAGAAAGAAUAUUUUUACAUAUUAAUUUAAUAUUUAGUAGUUUAUACCUAACGUCUACAUUAUUGCGCCCCCUUCUAUGCAUUUUUCUAUUACCAAAAAUUAAAAUUAAGUUCUUCGGAUUAAGAAACACGACUGUAGAUGAUGUAUAA